AUGCGGUGGCGCGAUGUGACGCGGGCGCCACGCACGUCUCUCGUCUGGAUCGUGUGCGCUGUCAGCAAUGACGUGUUUGCUGGCCUGUUCACAGCAAUCCACGAUUUGCCAGCACAGGGCGCGCCUGAUCAGCCGCGGCCGACGACGCCGGGAGCCUCCACCGGCACCUCGUCGUCAGCGCCCUUGACUCCGGAGCGGCCGCGCUUGCGGUGCGGAGCCGCCGGCUGCGUCGGCGAAGGCAGCCGGCCGUCGCCAUCCGAGUCGCCGCCAGAGGCGCCGGCGCCGCCGCCGGACUGGCGGCUGGACUGGCGGCAGUUUGCACCGGUGCUGGUGGCGAGGCCAGGCGCGGACGCGUCGCUCGGCUGCGGCGACGGCCCGGCAGGAUCGUCGAGUGACUCUCCCACCACGGACGGGGGCUUGGGCCGCUCGAUGUUGAAGCCAUCCGCGGCGGCGGCGGCGGGAGCGUGGCAGCGUGUGAGACAAGGCACCCCCCACAGUGACACAGUAGUGGUUUGA